AAAGCAGGUCCGCUCUUUCAACGUGAAUUCAUCUUUUGUUUGGUAAAGUAUCGCUGCACGGGCGGGCUGAGAUUAUCACCGUGGUUACAAACUAAGGAAGUUCAGCCGGCAAACGUGAUCUCUCUGGGUCUGAAGGCCACCAGGAAGAAUCAUAGCGGGGAAGUCGAGGUCCCUUCAAUUGAAUUAGCAGCUUGACAGGAUGGCUGCUGUCUUGGUGCUGUGGCUGGCUGUGUGUCUUAGUGGGACAUUGGCUGUGGACAAGGGCAACUUUAAGACCUGUGACCAGAGUGCCUUCUGCAAGCGUCAACGAGCGCUGAAGCCAGGUGAGUCUCCCUAUAGAGCCCUGCUGGAGACCAUGGAGCUGACCAAGACUAGACUCACCUUGCAGCUCACCAAUGACAACAAUAAGGUGCGUCUGCUGCUGGAGCUUUACCGUCUCCAGGGAAACAUGACAAGGGUGAAGAUUAACGAGUUGAAGCCCCUUAAGCCUCGCUAUGAGGUCCCAGACGUGCUCAUCAGAGAGCCACCUACUGAGCCCCUGUCUCUCCUGUCUCAGGAUGAGAACGGGGUGGUGUUGUCCCUGGGGGUAGAGUCUCAGAGGGUCAUUGUCAGUGCCAGGCCCUUCAGACUGGACAUCAUGGAAGGCCGGGAGGUGCUGAUGUCGCUGAACUCACGCGGCCUGCUAGCCUUCGAGCACCUGAGGAUGCGCAAGGACACUUUCUCCUAUAAAGUAACUAGCACAGUGGCUAGCGUGUGGGAUAAUAUCAAGAGGGUAUUCUCUAGUCAGGCAGAGGCUGAGGGCGAGGGCGAGAAGAAAGACGAGGCCGACUCAGCAAACCAGGCUGAGAAAGCGAAAGAAGAGGAGGAGAAAGAAGAAGACGGGAUGUGGGAGGAAACAUUUAAAUCUCACUCUGACGGCAAACCUAAUGGUCCAUCUGCUAUUAGUUUAGACUUUUCAUGGCCCGGUGUGGAGCAUGUCUAUGGCAUUCCUGAACAUGCAGACACCCUCAGGCUCAAAACAACAGACAAUGGAGAUCCUUAUCGACUGUACAACCUGGACGUGUUCCAGUACGAGCUGUAUAACCCUAUGGCUCUUUACGGUGCUGUCCCAGUCAUGUUGGCCCACAGUGCACAGCGGACCACCGGUAUCUUCUGGCUUAAUGCUGCUGAGACCUGGGUUGAUAUCAGCUCCAACACAGCUGGAAAGACUGUGUUUGGGAAAAUGCUGGAUUAUGUGCAGGGCUCCAGUGAGACCCCACAGACAGAUGUGCGCUGGAUCUCUGAAAGUGGCAUCAUUGAUGUUUUCAUAAUGCUAGGACCGACACCCAAAGAUAUCUUCUCUCAGUAUGCCUCUCUCACAGGCACUCAGUCCUUCCCUCCCUUGGCUGCUCUGGCCUACCAUCAGUGCCGCUGGAACUACAAUGACCAGGAAGAUGUGCAGACAGUGGAUGCUGGUUUUGACGAGCACGACAUCCCCUAUGAUUUUAUCUGGCUGGACAUCGAGCACACAGAUGGCAAGCGCUACUUUACCUGGGAUCAACACAAGUUUGCAACACCGAAGGAGAUGCUGCAGGGACUGAUGGACAAGAAACGCAAGAUGGUGGCCAUCGUAGAUCCUCAUAUUAAAGUAGACAGCAACUACAAGAUCCAUAAUGAAAUCCGAUCUCGGGGUUUCUAUAUCAAGAACAAAGAUGGUGGAGACUACGAGGGCUGGUGCUGGCCUGGUAGUGCCGGCUAUCCAGACUUCACCCGUGCGGACAUGAGAGCCUGGUGGGCCAGUCAGUUUGCAUAUGAUCAGUAUGAGGGUUCUAUGGAGAAUCUUUAUACGUGGAAUGACAUGAACGAGCCCUCGGUCUUCAAUGGGCCAGAGGUCACCAUGCACAAGGAUGCAGUGCACGGAGAGUGGGAGCACCGUGACGUGCACAACAUUUACGGCUUCUAUGUGCAAAUGGCCACUGCGGAGGGUCUUAUCCAGAGGUCCGGAGGAGUUGAAAGACCGUUCGUGCUGACCAGAGCCUUCUUUGCUGGGUCACAGCGCUACGGUGCUGUUUGGACGGGAGAUAACGCUGCUGAGUGGGACCAUCUGAAGAUCUCUAUCCCCAUGUGUCUGAGCCUGGGCCUGGUUGGAAUCUCAUUCUGUGGUGCUGAUGUUGGUGGUUUCUUCAAGACGCCGAGCACUGAGCUGCUGGUGCGUUGGUACCAGACCGGGGCUUACCAGCCGUUCUUUAGAGCUCACGCCCACCUGGACACACCGCGCCGUGAGCCCUGGCUGUUUGGCCCAGAAAACACUGCGCUGAUCCGUGAAGCUGUGCGCCAGCGCUACACCCUUCUGCCCUACUGGUACCAGCAGUUUUACAACACACACCACACCGGAGAGCCCGUUAUGAGACCGCUGUGGGUGGAGUAUCCUCAGGAUCCUGCUACUUUUGCUUUGGAUGACGAGUUCCUGAUCGGGAGAGACUUGUUGGUGCACCCAGUUACUGAGGAGGGAGCCAGGGGAGUCACCGCCUACCUGCCCGGCAAAGACGAGGUUUGGUUUGACGUCCACACCUUCCAGAAGCAUAACGGGGCUCAGAACCUUUACAUCCCUGUCACCAUGAGCUCAAUCCCGGUGUUCCAGCGCGGUGGCUCCAUUAUUCCCAGGAAGCUUCGAGUUCGUAGGUCCUCCACCUGCAUGGAGCACGACCCCUACACUUUACAUGUGGCCCUCAACCUCCAGAGAGCUGCAGUGGGUGAGCUCUACAUAGAUGAUGGCCACACCUUCAACUAUGACAAAAAGGAGUUUAUCUACAGAAGGCUGUCCUUCGCCAACAACAUCCUCUCUUCUGUUAACCUGGCCCUAGAUGCCCAGUUUUCCACUCGCUCCUGGAUUGAACGUAUUGUCAUCCUGGGAGCCAGUAAGCCCAGCAAGGUUACCCUGAAGACUCCUGACGGUCAGGAGAGCCAGGUAGAGUUCGACUUUGACGCCUCCAUGUCAGUAUUGACGCUUCGCAAGCCUGGCAUGAAUGCAGGGCUAGACUGGACCAUUGCCCUUCAGUAACCAUGGAGACAGAAGACUGAGAGGAGGAGCAAAUGACUGAGCUGGACUGAACAGCAGGAGAGAACAGACACAAGGCACUGAUACUGACAAUGAACGAAGAGCAGGAAAACAGGACAGUGAACACAUGGACAAUAAAGAACAUUUACACACACACACACACACACACACACACACACACAGUUCAAGUUUUCAUCCAUUCACACACAAACACACACAUAGACCUGUUAGACCUGAGCCACAUGUCGCCAUGUCUCUCUUGUGUUCAGUCACACUUUUAAUACCUAACAAAAAGGGUUACUUCUAGAUAGAUAAUUAUGUUUAUGUUUGUCAGAUAGUUGAAAAUUAAGUAACUCAAAUCAUGCCAUGUUAAUAAAUCUUUGGGCUUUAGAAAGAAGAAAUCCAGGCACUUUUUUUAAAAUUAAUUGUUCACUUUGUUGUCUGCUGGAGAUGAAAGAUCAAUGUGGGAGGAUUGUUGUUAUCUAAAAUGAAGGUUCACAUUCAAAGCACACGCUCCACUUGCUGGUUAUUCCCCAUAACUGCAUAACCUGAUGCUCUUAAAAAAAAAAAUUCCAUUUGUCUUUCUAUCAUUUAGAGCUCAACCCUCUUUUGCUCAUACCCUGUUUCAUAUACUUAGGGAUGGCUUUCCAACAAUCAGCUGUGUGGCUCUAAAAAAGUACUACUUGAAUUGUCCUAAUGCCAAGAAAUCGAAAUGAUUCAUCUUCCAUGCCAUUCCUUUCCAGUCCAUUCUUGUUUUGCCUUUCCCUGAAGUUUUGUGGAAUUUGUGUGAAUGGAAAUGAUUCAUCAUUAUUUCUACACUGUGGGCUGAAUCAGGUUGUUAAACUGCUGCACAGAGAGGGUUUUUUUUUUUUUAGCAGCUGAUCUUAUGUGUUAACUUGGCAAUGGGAAUCGCUUCAGGGGACUGAACCACUGAUGUGUGUGGAUCAUUCUGUUGAUGUGCUUUCUUUGUUUUACCAAGCUCUUUUCUCUGCAAUGUUUACUAGAUUAUUUUUAAUGCACUUAUGGAAGAUAGAGGAUUUCAAGGUUGUUUAGAUUUUCAUGUUAUUAGAAGUCAGGGCAGUGAAGGAUUUCCAGUUUGUCAUUUGGAAUCUUUCUGAAAAGGUUAAAACUACUCUUUGAAAGGUUUUUGUUUAACAAAGUAGAUUUCUUAACAAAAUAAAUGAAUGCUCUGUGAUCAUCAAUAUAGAAAUGAUAGUCUGGAGACUCUGCAUGGUGUCCUGACUAGUCAAUUCAUCCCACUUUCUAGGAGUAUUGUUUUUCUAUGAGUUUGUCUCCUUGAUUGUUUUUAUGAUCCUAAAUGUACGUGUUGUUACAGUUUUGUUGGCGAUGGCUUGAAUUGGAACAAACAAAAGUGAAGGAGCAGACUUCAGCAGUCAAUCAAAGUUGUCGGAUGUACUCAAAGAGAUGAGACCAAGUGAAAAUAAAGUUGACCAAAUUUAAAAUAA